GCCCAACUAUAAAGCAUGGGACCUAACUACAUGGAUGCAAUGCAAGUUUUAUUUGCUAUGGAAGUCCAUUUUGCCCUACCUCCUACUAUCAAUAAGAAAUUUCUCCCAAUCAGGGACACUGUGCUUUCCAGACAGAGAUGCCGCUGUGGAAUGCGAGGCAGAAUUGACAAGAAAGAGCAAGACGGUCAGAAAUACUCCCCUGGGGUGGACAUGGCGGUCUCGUUUCUCAAAUUCUACAAGAGAGAGAUUUCGCCGCUGCUGCCCGGUUCCUGUAGAUUUGUGCCAACUUGCAGCGAUUACUCAAUCCAAGCAUACCAAAAGUAUGGCGUCGUCAAAGGCACAAUCCUGACUGGGUCUCGCCUCCUUCGCUGCAAUCCUCUAGGCCCCUCCGGAUUUGAUCCACCGCGCUGGUUUGACGAGGAGAUCAACGAGAAAUGAGUGUGCUCUGUUUUUAGGGUUCUUCGUAACUUAUAAAAAAUCGGUUUUUUACCAUUUCCAAAACA